AUGGAUGCCUGCCAAGGGUAGAGUGGGGACUCUGAAUAGCAUGUAGCUUGCUAGGUUCCACUCUAAAUCGAAUUUAUCAACUGAGGUUCUAUGGGUAGUUUACGAUGAAUUGAGUCGUCAUAGCGAGUGACAAGACGCGCGUUUUAUUAUUUUCUUUCUGUUGUAUUUGUACGCUCACAACCUUACACUCGAAGUGGACACACACAAACCCAUUAGAUACCCAUAGAUAGCAAUGGCUUACGCACAGCCUCUCAAAAAGACAGGAGUGCCACGAGAAGUUUUAAAGUGGUUGCAAAGUCUUGAUUUGUCGCUUUCAACAAAGAACACCCGCAGAGACUUUUCAAAUGGCUACCUUGUAGCAGAAAUAUUCUCCUGGUACUACCCUGAAGAUUUCCCCAUGCACUCCUAUGGCAAUGGGACAUCACUCCCAACCAAACUAAGCAACUGGUCUCAGAUUGAAAGGUUCCUGUUGAAACAAAACAUCAUGCUGCCGAAAGAUAUGAUUGAUGGGACAAUCCACUGCAAACCCGGAGCGGCAGAGCUUCUGAUUCAGGACGUUUACUCUCUACUGACCAACCGGCGUGUCAGAAGCCUGGGAGAAGAUGACAUCGACUUCACGGACCGCAGUUACCAGGAGAAUUUACCCAUGGUGGCGCGGUCCACGGCUUCAAAAGCCAUCAAGAACAACCUGCGACUCAGCGAGGUGAUCGCCGAGCCCAGCAUCCAUGCCAACAAGCAGAAGAUCCAGGCCAUCAUCCACACGCAUCUGCAGCGGAGGCAGGCGGAGAGGGCCGAGGACCCCAAGCGCUUCAAUAUGAAGCCCACACUAGGUGAGCUGGCUGUCAGACUGCCCCCUCCAGAACAGGGGUGGAAACAGCCCUCUGCAAGCAAGCGAUCUGCAAAGAUGUCAUCUGCCACCAGCGCAAGUAACGCUAUUGUCCAGUUCAAGGAGAUUAAUGUGCGGCAGACAGAUAAACCAUCUGUGCUGUCCAACAUUGACAUGCCUUCGCAAAUCAAAGGAUUUUGAGGUCAAUACAUCAAGAACAUCCACAAAAUAAACAUCACUUAGCAGUAUGUUUGCAAAUGUGGCUUACUUGUAUUUGUUUCUAAAAUACAGAAAAGGAAAAACAUCAAAUCCACCUCACCUCGUAUUGUGUGAAGUAACAUCAUUUGUGGUUUGUGGUGAAGGACUGAUACCAUAGAUAGGUACAUAAGAGGGUUUACUUGGAUUGGUCUAUGACGGUUUGUUUACGACUUUUCUUAUAUCAUACAUUUUAAUACUCAGGACUCCUGUAUAUUACGCAGCUUU